GCAAAGCGGGAGCCGGCUUGGAUAGAGAGAGACAUGAAAACCACAGAGAAGAAUGAAGGUUCUGUCCAAGAAUAUACGAUCACAUACCUUGUGAAAGAAGGUUCCGAGAAGGCCGACCCAUCUCAGUUUGAGCUCCUUAAAGUUCUUGGACAGGGCUCUUUUGGCAAGGUCUUUCUUGUCAGAAAAAUCACCCCACCAGAUAACGGCCACCUCUACGCCAUGAAGGUCCUCAAGAAAGCAACUCUGAAAGUGCGUGACCGUGCAAGAACCAAAAUGGAAAGAGAUAUUCUCGUUGAAGUAAACCACCCGUUCAUCGUGAAACUCCAUUAUGCUUUCCAAACAGAAGGGAAAGUGUACCUCAUCCUCGACUUUCUCAGAGGGGGGGACCUCUUCAUGCGCCUUUCCAAAGAGGUGAUGUUUACAGAGGAAGAUGUGAAGUUCUACCUUGCAGAACUGGCCCUAGGACUCGGCCACUUGCACCGUUUGGGAAUUGUGUACAGGGACCUCAAGCCAGAGAAUAUUCUCCUAGAUGACGAAGGACAUAUCAAACUUACAGUUUGAGAUGCUCACAGGGUCUUUGCCGUUCCAAGGGAAGGACAGGAAGGAAACGAUGUCGCUCAUUCUCAAAGCAAAGCUGGGCAUGCCCCAAUUUCUAAGCUGUGAAGCUCAAAGUCUUCUGCGAGCCCUUUUCAAGAGGAACCCAAUCAACAGGUUAGGAUCUGGCCCAGAUGGUGUUGAAGAAAUCAAACGUCACCCUUUCUACUCUACCAUUGACUGGAAUAAGCUUUUCCGUCGAGAAAUCAAGCCACCGUUCAAACCUGCUGUGGGCCGCCCAGACGAUACCUUUUAUUUUGACAAAGAAUUUACGUCCCGCACACCCAAAGAUUCACCCGGAGUUCCACCAAGUGCAGGAGCCCAUCAGCUCUUCCGAGGAUUCAGCUUUGUAGCCACUGGACUGAUAGAGGAUGAGAAAGCUAAAUCGCCACCUAUGCCUUUGCAUUCUGUAGUUCAGCAACUGCAUGGGAAGAAUCUCCAGUUUAAUGAUGGUUACUUGGUUAAAGAAGUCAUCGGUGUGGGCUCUUAUUCGGUAUGCAAGCGGUGUAUUCACAAGACAACCAGCACAGAAUACGCAGUCAAGAUUAUUGACAAGAGUAAGCGAGAUCCUUCCGAGGAAAUUGAGAUACUCCUACGGUACGGACAGCACCCAAACAUCAUCACACUGAAGGAUGUGUACGAUGAUGGCAAACACGUUUACCUGGUGACUGAACUAAUGAGAGGUGGGGAACUGCUAGACAGGAUUCUCCAGCAGAAGUGUUUUUCGGAAAGAGAAGCCAGCUCCGUCCUGCACACGAUCGGCAAGACCGUGGAAUAUCUUCACUCCCAAGGGGUGGUCCAUAGAGACUUGAAACCUAGCAACAUCCUCUACGUAGAUGAGUCCGGCAACCCAGAAUGUAUUCGUAUUUGUGAUUUUGGGUUCGCCAAGCAACUGAGGGCAGAUAAUGGGCUCCUCAUGACCCCUUGCUAUACUGCCAACUUUGUUGCUCCAGAGGUUUUGAAGCGCCAAGGCUACGAUGAGGCCUGUGAUAUUUGGAGCUUAGGAAUCCUCCUCUACACAAUGCUAGCAGGGUAUACUCCAUUUGCAAACGGGCCCAGUGAUACCCCUGAAGAUAUCCUUGUCCGGAUAGGCGGUGGAAAGUUUUCCCUCAAAGGAGGAAAUUGGAACACUGUUUCUGAUGCAGCCAAAGAUUUAGUAUCCAAGAUGCUCCAUGUUGAUCCACAUCAGCGUUUGACUGCUAAACAGGUACUCCAACAUCCCUGGAUAACCCAGAAGGACAAGUUGCCUCAGAGCCAAUUAAGUCACCAGAAUGUGCAGCUUGUAAAGGGUGCCAUGGCAGCCACGUACUCUGCACUGAACAACUCAAAGCCAAGUCCCCAACUGAAGCCUAUCGAAGCCUCUUUCUUGGCACAGAGACGGGUUAAGAAGCUUCCAUCUACCACUCUGUGAUAUGGGAAUACAGGGUAAUUCUCCACCAUCCCACCAAGUUGUGACUCUGCACAAACUCCCCUGGUAUUUCCAGGGGCACAGGAGAGCGUCUCUCCACCAAGAAGUCCAUCAGGGCCAAGUGCCUUCAGAAAGAUUAGCUCUUGUUCUCCUUAUGGAUGUCUUUUUUGUUGUUGUUGUGAUGUGUUGUUCUUAAAUGAACAGAGAAUCUAUUUCAAAAGGGAAUUAUGUAGAUGUAGGUAAGAAGAUGAACAUGCAAUAAUCUUCCCGCAAAACACCUCUACCUGCAAAUGGUCAUGCCUUAGACAAGUUGAUAACUCAGCAACUCAAACCUGAUAACAGCUGAAAGUAUGCUUUCACAGCUUCUCUCAUCAAGACCACUCCAGUGGAGAUGUUUUUUUUUUUUAACGACACACUUUUUACAUGAUUUGUGAGUUCUCGUGUGCACAAGCUGAAUUUCCUGCUCCUUAUCAUCCAAGCCAGGUGGCUGUUACUCAAGAUAGUUUUCAACAACUCUUGACUCAUCCCUUCCCUCUUUCCCUUUUCAACAUCAUGUGAUUGAAGACAACUCCAUCCGACUGGUUGGAAUUACAUACUUUUUCUAGAUCCUCAAAUCCUGUGGACUCUUGAAAUCUAUGCCAGAUUGUAUCUAGCUUUUAAAUGUGUAAUGAGCCUGCAAUGGUGAAGAUGUCCAGAUUUUCUAGAUGAAGAAAGGGGAGAGGAUUUCUGUUUGUUUGUUUGUUUUAAUCUCUGCCAAACAGCACAAUCCAGCACCUCCAUGAUGCAAAGUGCAACCCACCCCCCCAAAGUCUUUGUUGCUCUUUUUCUUUUUAAUUUAACUGAUUGUGUAACUGGUAACUCAGGGUUUCUGUCUGAAUUUUGAAAUAAAUCAUAUCAUAUGCAGCUUGAAGUUA